AUGUCUAUUUCGACCCAGGAUCUGCUGGAGUUCCAUAAGAAACAUCUAGGCGAGUUUCAGGGCACAAUCAAGUUUGAUGAGGCAGGUCAAGACGAGGACACUGAGCCCUCCCUGGGCUUCUAUCCUGAUGGAGUUGAACGGACUCUGACGGACGAGCAGAUCGAGUUUUUCCGUCAAUCCGACAUUCGAAAGGAGGAAUUGCGCAUCUACAAGGAGAAUCUGGUAUUACAGGGAGCAGAGUCACAGGCAGAAGCUCACGCGGAAGCUCAAGCAAAAGCAGAGACAAACAUACAAGCACUGGAUCCAACCUCACAACAAAGACAGAUAGAAGUGGCAAAUGAUGAGGAGGGUAUGAAUGAAGGACCAGGCAAUUCUACAAUGAGUUGA